AUGGCUGCUCUUCGAUCUUUCCUCGUGAUCAUCUGUUUUGUAGUGGUAGCUGCCACUAGUAUGAUGCCAACAUCUGCAAAACUAAGUUCUGGUUUCUACAACAAAGUGUGCCCUCAGGCACUGCCAGCUAUCAGAAAAGUCGUCAAACGGGCCAUCAGCCAUGAGCCACGCAUCGGAGCCUCUCUACUUCGCCUUCAUUUCCAUGACUGCUUUGUUAAUGGUUGCGAUGGAUCGGUUCUGCUUGAUGACACUGCCAACUUCACCGGUGAGAAGACUGCCUUCCCAAAUCUGAAUUCGAUCCGGGGAUUCAACGUGAUCGAUGAUAUCAAAAAAGCUGUCGACAAAGCUUGCUACAAGAGUGUGGUCUCAUGUGCAGAUAUAUUAGCUGUUGCAGCUCGUGAUUCUGUAUCCAUUUUGGGAGGACCUGAUUACAAAGUACAAUUAGGAAGAAGGGAUGCAAGAACUGCAAGCGUGAAUGAUGCAAACAGAAAUCUUCCACCCCCAGUCUUCAGCUUCUCACAGCUUCUUUCUAACUUCCAAGCUCAUGGACUUAACCUUAAAGACUUGGUUGUACUCUCAGCUGCCCACACCAUUGGACUUGCUCGGUGUACCACCUUCCGUUCCAGGAUUUACAAUGAUACCAACAUAGACCCCAAGUUUGCAGCCUCUGCAAAAUACAAUUGUCCAACAACUGGAGGAGAUAACAACACAAGGCCACUAGAUUCAACUACAAGGCGAUUCGAUAACGUCUACUUUAAGGCUUUGUUACAACAAAAGGGUCUCCUCCAUUCUGAUCAAGAGCUCUAUAAAAAUAAUGGUACGGAUAGUGAUAAGCUGGUGCUGAAAUACAGCAGGAACUCGGAAUCUUUUGCAAAAGACUUUGCAAAUUCUAUGAUCAAGAUGGGCAACAUCAAGCCUCUCACUGGGAAUAAUGGAGAAGUAAGACUCAACUGCCGGAAAAUCAAUUAG